AUGGCCGUUGGUGACGUGCUCGCUAUGUUUGAUUCACUGCACACAGGUAUUCACGGUGUGCACUUCAGCCGUGAUCGCAACACCAUCAUCCUCACCAUUCACAAGGCGCAUCGCAUCACAGGCGAGGUGGCGCCGCCCGUCACGGAGCACGGCUUCAGUGUGCAGCACCUCACGAACACGCGAGUCGUCAACAUUCGUGGAUCGGUUCCGGAGACGGGCCUGCCGCACCUGCAGGGAGUGGGUGACGCGCUGAAGGCGUAUUACCACGUUAUGCUGAUGAGGCGUGCGAUAGGGUCCAAGCGGUUCCAGUUCGACUAUUCGGCUUCCAUCGCUGAUGUCGACUAUAACGACAUACUCGAGUGGCUGGGAGAAGCGUGGACUCGUGUGUGCGCGGCUACCAUGCAGCUCUGCUGGUGGCGCGCAGGAUGCGUGCCGGCGAGCUGGCCGCCCCUGAUGGCGUACCUGGGUGACACGUGCGCAACCGGCAUGUUCGAGCCUAUUAUUUCGGUAUGCGUCGAUUUGCAGUUGCUUAUCGAGAAGUUCAAGGUAAGGCCUGCGUGCUACAUGACGGCCACGGAUUUUAUCAACUGCGACGCGGGACUAUGCGUGGAGCAGGGGUUCAGAGCCACACCUGCUGCCAGCGCGUCCGAUGACUCGUCGGGCGACAUGAGCCUGCCAGACGGCCCAUUGCUGCGGGACGAGCGCAGCAGGAGGCGCAUGAUACGCAACGUCACAAACGCGUACGUGGAGCGUGCCGAUGAGCUCGGCAUCCCCCCGGCGGCUGUGCCUGCAGAGGUCGGAGCAUCGAACCAGGAGGUGAUUUCCCGCCUAUGCAGGACGCCUAUCAAGAGGGCUCGCGCAGGGGGGCGAGCUGAGAACGGGACAGCCGAAGAAGUGCUGAAGAGUGAUGAAGUGCUGGAGAGUGAUGACGACCACCUUCGGUACACUCUCUUGCUUACCGGGCCAGCCACCGCACCCAAACGAAUCGCCUUAUAUCAGAGACAACACCAGCAGCCCGUCAUCACGGUCCCCCUUCCCCACCUCGCCUGCGCACAGCCCGCGCGAUCCGUGUGGCACUGCUCUGGCGCACCCGCCUCGCCUCCCCUCCCCGCUGCUCCCCUUGCCGCCCUCCUUGCUGCUGCUUCUACUGGCACUGCCGGCGGUGCCACUGCCGGAGGUAACACCGCGAGUGAGACCCCUGCGAGCGGUACCAGCGGCAUUGGUUUCUCUGCUGCGGUGGUGGCCGCUGGGAGCAGCAGCAUUGGCGCGUUAUCUCGAGCCAAGGCGUUCUACGCUGGUGAGCUGGUGUGCAGAGUGGUGGUAGCGGGUGGUGAGGGGUGGAGAGUGGUGGUAACCGGUGGCGAGGUGGAGAGAGUGUGGAGUUCUCACCUCCCCAUCCUCCUGCCUCUCCCUCUCCCCUCGCUUUCUAACCCCACGCCCCUCACCACGCCGCUGCUCACCACGCCGCUGCUCACCACGCCGCUGCUCACCACGCCGCUGCUCACCACGCCGCUGCUCACCACGCCGCUGCUCACCACGCCGCUGCUCACCACGCCGCUGCUCACCACGCCGCUGCUCACCACGCCGCUGCUCACCACGCCGCUGCUCACCACGCCGCUGCUCACCACGCCGCUGCUCACCACGCCGCUGCUCACCACGCCGCUGCUCACCACGCCACCCCUCAGCAGCAUUCCACCCCUCAGCAUUCCACCCCUCAGCAUUCCACCCCUCAGCAUUCCACCCCUCCACACGCCACCCUUCCCCUCGGCACUCACGCCUGUGCUCUACCCCACUGCGGCCGCCCAGCUGGGCGGAGCAGCCAAGGGAGGCGUCACCGUCUCCCCAGCAGCCAAGGCGGUAGCGGUGCUGCCAGCACUGCCGACAGGGGCGAGGAGUGCAUGUGUGGUUGGAGUGAGUGUGGGAGGAGGGGUCGCUGCGACCCAAGUGGCACAGGGGGCGUUGGUGCGAGUGGUGGAGCACGUGCGGUGA